AUCCUCCUCACCUCUGUGCCAGGUGCUGGGGAAUGGGAAGUGCUGUGUGCAUAUGUGUCUGCCUCCUAACCUGCUCCAGCUCUAUUAUAAUCACCAGGAGCUUCUGGAUCCCCUGCUUCAGGGGUGGUGCUCACAUCCAGGCAUGCAACAAUGUCUCCAGUCACCUGAAACCCUUAUAAGGGUGAGGGAGAAUCAGGUUCUUUUCCUGUACCUCGAUGACUAUGGAGAACUGUCCAAGGGCUCAGAUGGAGGAACGCGCUACAGAAAGAUUCAGAAGCUCUGGUGCCAGCACAGCAUCACCGAGGAGAUGGGUCAUGCACAGGAAGCUAAUCAGACUCUGGAGGACAUUGACUGGGAGAUCCUGGAUUUUCUUGGCUAA